AUGACGUCUACUCCCUCUGUUUUUUUGGACACCCCCAUCGCUGUCGGCACCUCCGAAACCAAAUUAUUUGCAGACUUCAGGAGAGACUCCCAUCACGACAAGGUUUACCUCGCGGGAAGAGAGUGUCUUGGCGAGGACGGUCAGACCGCCGUGUUCCCGCUCGUAUGGAAAAUCAAACAACAGAUUAUUACAGACCCCACCCUAAACUCAGAAUACCCACAAUCCUUGGGGCUCCCAGACUUUACCAGAAGGGCCGCUGAGCUGGCCCUGGGCAGGGAGAGCCGUGCUAUAGUGGAAAACCGGGUCUUGAGUGUCCAGACAGUGGGUUGUACGGGGGCUGUGCGUCUGGGUGCAGAGCUGCUGAGAAACUGGUGCAGCGUUAGCUCGUCCUGGAGCGGCCCAGUGCUCCUCCCCUCGCCGUGUGAUGACUCUUUAGCUGGGACCUUCAAAGCGGCAGGGCUUUGUGAUGUACGCCGCUACCGUUACUGGGACAAAGAAUGUCAGGGCGUGUGUUUGGACAAGAUGCUGGAGGACUUGGAGAAAGCUCCAGAAAAAAGUCUGGUGGUCCUGUCUGCCUCCGGGCACUACCCCACCGGCUCAGACCUCUCCCAGAGCGAGUGGAAGCUCGUGGCGGAGGUCUUGGAGAGACGCCAGUUCAUCCCAUUCUUUCUCUCAGCUGCUCUGGGUUUGUGCACUGCGGACUUGGAACAGGACGCAUGGUCAAUCAGGCACUGUGUAUCUCUGGGUUUGGAGCUGUUGUGCGCUCAGUCGUUCUCACAUAACUUUGGUCUCUAUGGUGAGAGAGUCGGACAUCUCCUCUGUGUUCUGAAACAGGACACUUAUCUUCUGGCUGUCCAAUCACAAGCUGAGAAACUUGUCCAAACACUUUGGUCCCGCCCACCUGCGCUGGGGGCCCGUGUGGUUGCCACGGUGCUCAGUAACCCAGCCCAUCUUGUCGAGUGGCAGGAGAGUGUCAAGAGUACAGCAGAGAGGAGCAUGCUUGUCAGAGAACGGCUGAGGGAGAAGCUGAGGAUUCUGGGAAGUCCUGGGGAUUGGGACCAUGUGACGAAGCCAGGAGGACUGUACUGCUGUCUCAGACUCAGUGCUCAGCAGGUCGACCUUCUGGCCAAGAGGAGGCAUGUUUAUUUCCUUCCCGACGGCUGUCUCAACGUGAGUGCCCUUAACAGCCGUAACCUUGACUACGUGGCUGAAUCCAUCCACAUGGCAUUGACCUCUCACCUCUGA